AUGAGUUCCCAGCGAGAUACCUUCGAUCCGGCCAACGUGCCGAGACCUGAGAACAUGGAUGCGCGCCGUCGAUAUAUCGACCAAUAUAUCCAGCAUUUUCACAGUGGCUUGGUCCCUGAGAUUGAGGAGGCGCGCAAAGCGGCAUUUUUUCUUGUAUGUCGAAAGUAUCACGAAGAGCGUCAUAUAAUUGAGGCCCCUGCCUCGUAUUUUGAGUACGCAAUCGACAAGACGCUGUGGCGUAACAUCUUCUUGCUCGACAGACAGGCUCCCGCGUGGCCUUGGAGUAAAGGGCCCGAUAUGGACGAUAUCAGCGCCGGCAUGUCGGGAGCCUACAGGGAAUGGCGCAUCGAAAAGGGGUUGCCUGUCAACGUGUCUCCCCAAGCAGACCAACAGCGGCCUCAAGACCUCAAGUUACUGCUCGCAAAUGCCCGACAGGAAGUCGAGCGCCUCAAUGUGCAUCUCCGGGAUGUCAAGACCCUUCACCAAGAGUUGAAGGAGGCCAUGCAGGGCUGGCUCAACGAAAAAGACGCCCUCCUGAGGUCAAAGGAUCAGGAGAUUCAACGACUGCGCAUGGAAGGCAGAAACUCGGGGGGACCUCGACAACGCCUGACCUCGGCCAACAGACGAACCCAGUCGCUGGGCAUGCAGCUCGCAGCCGUCAAGGAGGAGGCUACCACCCAGCGUCGAAAGCUGGAGACCGCUAAUUCUCGUAUCACCCAUCUUGAGAAUCAGCUUACCGAAAGUCCUGGCGUCCAGGCUCUUGAGAUUCAAUUGGCCAGGGCCAAUACAAGGGCCUCCAAUGCCGAGGAUGAAAACAGACACCAGGGACAUUUGCGUGAUGCAAACACUCAACUCGCCGGCAUUCAGACUCAACCCCCUGGUUAA